AUGUGCCAGGCGGUACCGGGCAGUGCCAGGCGGUACCGGGCACUUCCAAGCGGUAGUGCCCGAUACCGCCCGGAGUGCCCGAUACCGUCCGGCAUUGCCCGGUAUAGUCCGGCACUGCCUGGUAACGCCUGGAAAAGCCCGCACUGCCCGGCACUGUCCGGUACCGUCCGGUACUGCCCGGGACCACCUGGCACUGCCCGGUACCGUCCGGAACUACCCGGGAACGUCAGGCGCUGCCCGGUACCGUCCAGUACUGCACGGUACCGUCCGGUACCGCCUGGCAUUGACCGGUACCGUCCAGUAAUAUCUGGUAACGGGCAGUGCCAGGAGGUACCGGGCAGUACCGGACGGCACUGCCCGGUACCGCCUGACGCUGCCCGGUACCGUCCAGUACGGCCCGGUAUCGUCUGGUACGGCACGGUACCUCCUGGAAUUGCCGGUUACACUCUGUUACUGCCCGGUACCUCCUUGCACUUCCCGGUACCGUCCGGCACUGCUCGAUACCGCCUGGCACUACCCGGUACCGCCCAGGCGGUACCGGGCAGUGCCAAGAGGUACCCGACGAAACCGGGCCGUACCGGUCAGUGCCGGACGGUAACGGUCAGUGACAGGCGGUACCGGGCAGUGCCAGGAGGUACCGGACGAAACCGGGUCGUACCGUACGGUCCCGGGCAGUUCCGGACGGUACCGGGCAGUGCCAAGUGGUCUCGGGCAGUGCCGGGCAGUGCCGGACUAUACCGGGCAAUGCCGGACUAUACCGGGCAAUGCCGGACGGUAUCGGACACUACCGCCUGGCACUGCCUAGCACCGUCCUGGACUGCCCGGUACCGCCUGGCACAUCCCGGUACCACCUGGCACUGCCCGGUACCGCCUGACACAUCCCGGUUCCUCCAUGCACUGCCCGGUACCGUCUGGUCCUUCCCGGUACGUCCUAGCAUUUCCCGGUACCGUCCGCCACUGCCCGGUACCGUCCAGUAA